CAUCAACAAGACUCAAGAGAGAGCAGGCAGGCAGCAGCAGGCAGUGACAGCAGGUGAGCAACGCAGCGUACAUACGACACAGGCACUACUUCAUCGCCGCCCUUCCCUCUCCCUCCCUCCCAUCUACUCACUCCUUCUCUUUCUCUCUCUAUCUAUCUCUCUCUCAAACAAUAACAUCCUCAUCCCCCGCACGCCAGCAUCAGCGGCCAUGGUCGACAUCAAAAUCGACACAAGCAACCUGGAGCAAGGCGCCCAGCACAAUAGCCAAGGCAUAGACCUCGUCCCGCGCAGCCAGGCCAGUGAAAUGACCUCCACCGCUGCAGGCAACACAUCAGGCGAUGGCAACAACAACAACCUACUCGCCGUUCCCGGUAAACCUACAGGACGAUCCGGUAGUGUCUCUAGUGCAGAGAGUACCUUGCCCUGGGAUGAUACCGGUGCGCGCGGUGAAGAUCGCGAGACAGUCCUUGAAGCAGCGCGCGAGAUUAUGCACCAGCGCGAUGGUGAUGAGACGGGACCUUUUGCCUUCACCAAUACGCAACUACAAGCGCUCAUGGAUCCGAAGAACCUGGAAGUCCUGCGGCAGAUGGGCGGCAUGGCUGGCCUCGUCAAGGGCCUACAGUCAGAUGUCCAGAUGGGAUUGUCUUGGGACGAAACAACCAUUCCUGUGCCUGUGACCCUGCAGGACGCGCUCGCUGCUGGUGAAUCGCCAAGCAAGGAGAUGCUCAAGAUGCCCGUUACAACAGGCGCGCCCACACCGGGCAUCACCAAGAAACCAACCCUUGGCAUUAAAAAGACAUUGACAACACGCAGUACCAUGAAGGUCGACGAGAACAAGAUGGAAGACCGCAAGCGCAUCUACAGCACCAACACCCUCCCUGCUCGCAAAACGAAAAACAUCUUCCAGCUCAUGUGGAUCGCGCUGCAGGACAAAGUCCUGAUUUUGCUGUCCAUUGCCGCCGUUAUUUCACUUGCUUUGGGUCUUUACGAGACUUUUGGUGAAGAACCCGACAGGGACGCUCAGGGAAAUGAGAUCCCGCAGCUCGACUGGGUGGAAGGUGUUGCUAUUGUUGUGGCUAUUGCCAUUGUCACUAUUGUCGGCUCAGCCAACGAUUACCAAAAGGAACGCCAAUUCGUCAAGCUCAACAAAAAGGUACGUUCUAUUUAAAGCUUGACAUGCACUAACAAAACAGAAAGAAGACCGCAAAGUCACCGUCAUUCGAUCUGGAAAAAUUGUCCGCAUUUCUGUGUACGACGUUGUUGUUGGCGAUGUCAUGCAAUUCGAGCCAGGAGAUGUCUUGCCCGUCGAUGGAGUCUUGAUUGCUGGUCAC